AUGGAAAUUGAAGAGCCGUCGAAUCAUGGUUUGAAUUGUAAUGGCAACGAUAAUGUGAAUCCAAUCUUUGGUUAUCAUGUCUCCGACUUUACAUCGCCGGCGAAGACGAGAACGCCGCAAUUCCCGUUUCCACUCGGAAAUUCCGGCGCCUUCGCCUCCUCGCUCCGGAGGGUCCAUUCCGACUGUGGUUUCCCGAUCGCCGACGAGCUCUCCGGACACGCUCUCGACGGUCUCCUGACGGCGAGCCUCCAGGAAAUAGGGCCGGAGGCGGAGAACGACCUCCUAUCCGUAUUUCUUGAUCUCCAGAAGCUCGGAAAAAAUGAGGACGAAAGCUCCGCCGCCCGUUUGAUGGAUGGCGGCGAGCCGGAGAAGAACUCAAGGUGUAGACGCCGGAGUACCACAUUGGUGGAGGGCUUAGGCGACGUUAGCGAGCCGAGGAAAGCGAUAUCUUCGGAGAAGUUGGCCGAGAUUGAAGCCGUAGAUCCGAAGCGCGUCAAAAGGAUUUUAGCAAAUAGACAAUCCGCUGCUCGCUCAAAAGAAAGGAAAGCUCGCUACUUACUGGAACUUGAAAAAAAACUUCAAUCCCUUCAAUCUGAAGUAACAAAUCUCUCUGCACAACUUACAAUAUACCAGAGGGACACGACCGUUUUGAGCACUGAAAAUGCAGAGCUUAAGCUUCGGUUAAAAGCCAUGGAACAACAGGCUCAGAUGUGUGAUGCUCUAAAUGAAGCACUGAAGCAGGAAGUGGAGAGGCUGAAGCUUGUCGCUGAAGAUAUGAAAAGCACACCCAGAGAGCCAUUUGGCUUGGGAGCCAGAAGUGUUUCUUACAGCCCAUUGGCGUCCCCAUCGACGCUGCAACCAAUAUAUUACAGCCCCUUAAGCCCGGCUGCCGCCACCCAACGGACGCCAUUGAACUUCUGCCCGGUGGUUCCCGCGCUGUCGCCGCAGCGUAGCCCCUGGCCGAGCCUAUCGAGUGGCCAUAACUUUAUUCCGAUGAACCAUCAAACAUCCGAGCAGGGUGAUGCGAUUUUCCAGGGGCUGGAUGUGGGUAACAAAGGAGAAAAUAUUUACUGUAACGGUGAUGUCACACCAUUAUGCUAA